CUAGAUCGUACCGUGGUCUCGGGCUUUCCAAUCCAAUAGGUGUUGCCUUUCAAGUCGUCCCCUCCAGUCAAUUCCUCCGCUUCCACCCCUGCUUCCUCCUCUGCCUCCGCUCGAGCCGCGGCCGCGCCCAAAGGCCGGACCAAACCCUAGUUCCCCGGCCUCCAGGGUCGCCGCGAGAUGCUACGCCCGCCCGCCCCCUGAUCCUCCUCCUCCGCCGCUGCCGUUUGUCCUGCAUGGGCCGCUACGGACCCUUUCCUGUCGCCGCCGGGGACGGCAGGGGAUGCCUGCCGCUGCCGAUUGUCGCGGCCCAGGCCGCUCUAGCUGUCGUCGACGGCGCCAUUGCGGCCGCCGCCUUCGUUCAGCUAACAAGAAUUCAUAGGCACAAUCAGCAACAGGGAUGGACUCGGCAAAAGAUACUCCAUUUUAUGAUUGGCCUAUCAAACAUAGUAUUCCUAGUGUAUUUCGUGUCUACCAUCAUUGCUACUUGUCAGAGAUGGAUUUGCUGGGUACAUGGAUGCGGUUUUGUUCUCAUGGCUAGUCCACAGAUAUUGCUUCUUGCUUCUUUUCUACUGCUACUGUCAUUCUGGGUUGACCUGUGUCAUCAGACAAAUGAUGAAGAUGAAGAAGAUGUAAGGAGUCACCAUGAAGCUUUACUAGACAGAACAAAAACUAAACCCGGCAUCCGUCCUGUUAAUAUCCGUCGGAGGUGUUGCCCGGGAAUACAGCUUGGAAGCCGGCAAAAAUUUGUGAUUUUGAUGCUUGUACUGUCAUUUGUUGUUAUGUUCGCCUUUGCCAUCCUCAUAUGGGUUGGUGGAGGAGAAAAUCCUAUUGAUUCGUCUCUAUUGAAAAGGGUUUAUUUGGAUGUAUUUUCAGUAGUAGUUCUUGUACUCGGCGGUGCUCUGACAUGUUAUGGUGCAUUGUUAUUCACGAAGAUGAGCAGAGUUCGUUCUGAAACUGUAUCAACUGAGAAGUGGAAGGUUGCCAGUUUAGCUGCUGUCUCCUUGAUAUGUUUCUCGUCUUCUGCUAUACUAGCACUUGUGACUAAUGUUCCAGUGCUUUUGUAUUGGUACUUGACAGAUGCAGACAUCAUCAACAAUGCUGUUAUUUUGUUUGUAUAUUACUUCAUAGGCUUGUCAGUGCCAUCGGGAUUUGUUUUAUGGAUCAUGAGAGAUAUGCCUCUUCGGCAGGCAGUAGAAAGGCCCACCGAAUCGAGAGUGGUUACUUUGCUCAGAGAAAGUCCAUCAACUACACAUGAUCCACAGUGGAGGACAGCUGUUACAUCCUCAAACAAGGCCCUCAAGUCGAGCCCAAUUUAACCCGAAGACAAACCAUCGCUGUUGAAACUUUUAGUCUGCUUAAUGUGCUGGAACUAUCACCAACGCAUCAGUGGCAUACUGGCAUCUACUGGCAUUGUGACAACAAGUGGCCACAAGAUGGGUCUGUAAUUCCUGCUUCAAGGCGACUUCAUUAAUGGAAAUAGUGGAAUUACCUGUGACUGUAGCAUGGUUCUCAACCUUUCAUCGAAGGGGUGCACACUAUUGAGUCUAUACAUGAGAAUUUAGGUUGGGGUAAGGUUCGAAGAGUUAACAAAUGUAAAUAGCCUUAGAAAUGAGAGUUUUCAUGGUUUGGCUGUUAGUUUCCCCUUUGAGAUUUCCCGUGCCCUACCUGUAUCUCAAUUUAGUUUCUGCAAGUAGCAAGAAAAUGCUCUAAAGAUCUCAAUUACUUGCUAACACUAUCGACCACUGGGAAAUUGUAACAUAAGCUGACUGGCUGGCAAAAUGGCAAUACCUACUUAAGCU